AUGAAGAAAACUCUCAUCUUAUGCUUCAUACACGGCUUCAAGGGUGGCGAUGACACCUUUGGAGAAGGCUACGAGUUCACGGAACACCUUCGCUCACUCGUCGAGCAAGCGCUGCCCAAACUCAACGUUCAAGUUCUUGUGUAUCCCAAAUAUGAGACAAGAGGCGACCUAGGCAAUUGUGUCAGCCGAUUUCGUGACUGGCUCCAAGAGAAGGUCAUCGACGUUGAAGUCGAAGCUGGCACCUCAUCCCCGACCGUCGACCCCUCGGUCCGCACCAUCCUGAUCGGUCACUCCAUGGGCGGCAUCGUCGCCGCCGAGACAGUCAUCGGCUUGACCUCUGACAAACCCAUCUACUCCGAAGACGGCGUCGAAAAGUCGGCCCAGACGCCCACGUCGUUCAACUCGCUCAUGUUCCCCUACGUCCAGGGCGUCCUCGCCUUCGACACGCCCUACCUUGGCAUCUCGCCGGGCGUCGUCGCCCACGGCGCAGAGGGGCACUACACCGCCGCCUCGGCCGCCAUGACCCAGCUCAGCGGCCUUGGCACCGCCCCUCUGGGGCGCCAUCCCCAACAAGCCCGCGUCCCCCCGGCCCCGGCACACGAACUCGACGUCGGCUUCGCCAACCUGUACACGCGCCUCGGCCGCGGCGCCGCCGCCAAGGAUGUCAGCGUCGUCGGCACCGUGCUCGGCAAGGACCGCACCUUUUGCAACCUGCCCAAGCGCGGCGACGCUGGCGUCUGGAAGCCGGCCGUCAACGACAAGGCCGAGGAGGAGACGCAGGCGCACAUGGCCAUGUUUGAGAGGAAGAACAACCCCGGCUACGAAGCGCUGGCGCGGGACGCGACGGACCUGAUCGCGACGUGGACGAGGAACGCGUGGUACGAGAGCAGCGUCGAGGACGCGCCCGCGCUGAAACAGUCGGCCGAGGAGGACGGCUCGUCGCGACAAGAGGAGCGCAGGCCGAUGGAGGAGAAGGUGCUGGGUCAGGAGGAGAAUCCAUGGGCGUGA